AUGUGCCCAUCGCCAUCGACGACGACGAUUGUGCUGCCAGGAUUCGUGAACGCCCAUUCUCAUGCAUUCCACCGCCAUCUCCGGGGAAAAAGUGGAAUCGGUGGCAAAGCGGCGGACACCUUCUGGAAAUGGCGAGACAACAUUACUGUUACACCACAUUUCGCGAGAUGCUGGAAGACAGGUAUAACUACUGUAGGAGAGUUCCACUACGUACAUCACGGCACGGGCAAAUUUGAUUUGGACUCCACAGUUCUGAAAGCAGCACAGGACGCUGGAAUCCGGAUCACCCUCAUUCAGAAUGCUAACGAACACGCCAUGCUUCGACAAAACCGACUACUGCAUCCUGUACAUGGAGCGAUCCAUUCCGUUUCCAGUUAUUCUAAGAGUUUUCGAAUAACCUCAACAAACUUCGUAACCUCUCAAGCCAAACAUAGUCCACAAUUGCGGUGGCAG